UUUGCUUCACAAUCGACAAUGGUGCAGAGAACAAAGGGUUCAACAACACGCAAAUCGUUCGGAAACAAUAACUCGGCGCGGCAAUAUUUAAUCAACCACGAUAGAUUAAGAGAACUGUCACAACCGAAGUUUAGUUAUCAAUACACAGAACGUGUUUAUGCAAGGAAAAGGUUUAGCGGACCUAAACAGUUUGAAAGUCAUUUGGAUAGAUUAAACGAGUUGGCUGCCCCUCGUAAGACGUCAGUGACUUCUUGUAGUACUUGUUGUUAUUACAAAGUGCCUUUGAGUAAACUUUCAUCCAGAAUAGAAAGACUGUCGGUACCAAUUAAACGCGAUGAAUCAGUUAAUGUGAAACCAGAUGAAGAAUCUUACUCGGUAAAACGGUCGUCCCUCAAGUUUGUGCCAACUGAAAGAAUAAAGAGAUUAGCCACUCCUCGGUCGUUGCAUCCAAGCACUAUCGAAGACCUCGAAUACGAUCCAUACGCUAAACUAAAAUCAGCUCUAAAAUACACGCCGUCCAGCAGAAUUUUGGAGUUAGCCAAGCCAAGUACUUGCAGAAGUGAAAACGAAAUUUUACCUUCAAAAAAUAGAAAACCGUCAAGAAUAUCUAAAACCAAAAAAUCUAUUCCAUGAUUAUUUCAUUUAAUAUGAA